UCGACGUGCUUAACUCUCUCUCUCUCUCUCUCUCUCUCUCUCUCUCUCUCUCUCUCUCUCUGUGGAAAUGGAAUCGGUCUUAUUCUGUUAAUGCUCCCCACAUUCUUGAUUUCCUCUGUCUAUGUCCUGGAAAGGGGUACGUAUCCAGGUGCCGGAGUUUUGUCGGGAUUCGCAGGACGAGCCAAUAUUGAUCUUUUGAGCAAACUCUGCGUUCAUUCUAUGGUUCCAGUGCUCUGCUGAAGAGGCCAUACUUUGUUGACUGAGCUUUUUCGAACACGAAUGCCGGCUUGGAGUAUCUGAAAAUGGAUUCGUUGGAAGCCAAGACUAUGAAAGAAAAUGGCACCCCUAAUAAGUCCAACCUCAACUCAUCUAAUGGCGGUGACCUUCAAGCGCGACAGAAGGCAGCUCUCAUUGAGUGGUUAAAUAGCAUCCAGCCCGAUUUGGGAUUACAACUACAGGCUUCAGAUGAGCAGUUGAGAGCUUGCUUGCUUGAUGGAUCCGUCUUGUGCCAUAUCUUGAAACGGCUUAGACCAAAUGAGGCCGAUCCCUCAUCGAUGCCUCGAUCAGAACGUAUCAGCAAGUUCCUUACGGUUUUGGGGGAAAUGGGCAUUCCACGGUUUGAACUCUCUGACUUGGAGAAGGGAUCUUUGAAGUCUGUCAUAGAGAGCCUUUUGUUAGUUAGAACACAUCUCUUGCCGAAUUCCGUGGGAGAGAGGCGGAAAAUUCUGUCAGAAUCAAAAGUCCAACGUUCUUUGGGAAGCCCUGUAAUGUCAGAACCAUCAGCUGCACUAGUACACCACGCCGGACUGAAAUUUCACGAGGUUUUUCAACUAAAGCAAGGGCAGUACGCUGACCUUCCGCCAGCUAAAAUCACAGAGAUGAUGAAGUCUAACAGUUUAGAUAACGCCCCCACUCAGUCACUUCUCAGUGUAGUGAAUGGAAUUCUCGAAGAGAGCAUCGAACGGAAGAAUGCUGAAAUACCUCUUCGUGUGGCAUGCUUGCUGAGGAAAGUUGUACAGGAGAUCGAGCGGCGAAUAUCAACUCAGGCUGAUCAUUUGAGAACUCAAAACAAUCUUUUCAAGGCUCGUGAAGAGAAGUAUCAGUCGAGGAUCAAGGUGCUAGAAGCUCUUGCCAAUGGGACUCCCGAUGAAACUGAGAUUACAAGGGGCAGGCUUCAGCAAAUGAAGCCUGAGAAGGAAAAGACCGAAGAGAAGCGGAAGUUCGAGGAGGAAGAUGUCGAAAGACUGAUGAAGGAGAAAGAUAGCAGGAACCAAGAGAUCUCAGCAUUGAAGCAGGAGCUGGAAUUGGUGAAGAAGACAGCGGACCUUCGUUGCCUGCAGAUUGAAGCAGAAGCCAAGGGAGCAAAAACAGCACUCGAGGAGACAGUCCGGGAACUUGAACGCCAGCUAGCAGCUUCGAGAAGCAAGGUUAAAGAACUUGAGACGUGUUCAGAGUCCAAGAAUGAAGGGAGCAAGGAACUCGAGCGCCAGGCUGCAACUUUGAGAAGCAAGGCGAGAGAACUUGAUGCAUGUUUGGAGUCCAAGAAUGAGGAGGCCAAGGAACUUUUGCGCCAGCUCUCAGCUUCGAGGAGCAAGGUGAAAGAACUUGAGGACCGUUCAGAGUCCAAGAAUCAGGGGGCCAAGGAACUCGAGCGCCAGCUGGCCGCUUCGAGAAGUAAGGUGAAGGAACUCGAGAUGUAUUUGGAGUCUAAAGAUCAGCGGUGGAACAAGAAAGAGCUUACCUUCCGAAGUUUCAUGGAAUUCCAAUUCAGUGCUCUGCAAGAACUACGGCUUUCUUCCAACACCAUCAAACAAGAAGUGCUAGAUACGCAAGGCAUUUACUUGGAGGAGUUUAGCCGGUUAGGAGUAAAUUUCCAGGCACUAUCGGAUGCAGCAGCAAAUUAUCACACUGUCCUCAUGGAAAAUCGGAAGAUGUUUAAUGAGCUUCAAGAUCUAAAAGGUAACAUCAGAGUCUACUGUAGGGUCAGGCCAUUUCUUCCGGGACAAUCAGGGAGACAAACGAUAGUCGAAUGUGUCGGUGACGAUGGGGAAUUGGUUGUUGCAAAUCCUUCCAAAUCAGGGAAAGAGGGGCAUCGGAUGUUUAAGUUCAACAAGGUCUUUGGUCCUACUGCUACUCAAGCGAAUGUAUAUUCUGAUAUCCAACCCUUUGUUCGUUCGGUUCUGGAUGGUUAUAAUGUGUGCAUAUUUGCAUACGGGCAAACGGGAUCAGGGAAAACGUACACUAUGACCGGGCCAAACAUGGCAUCUAAAGAUACUUGGGGGGUCAACUAUCGAGCUCUGAAUGACCUUUUCCAGAUCUCUCAGACGAGAAGCAACGUCAUCAAGUAUGAGGUUAUGGUUCAAAUGGUCGAGAUAUAUAACGAGCAAGUUCGCGACUUAUUGUCCAGUGAUGGCUCGCAAAAGAAGCUUGGAAUUCUAACAGCUACUCAAUCGAGUGGUCUAGCAGUCCCUGACGCAAGUAUGCAUUCAGUUAGAGCAACUUCGGAUGUUUUGGAUCUAAUGGAUUCUGGCUUCAAGAAUAGAGCUGUCGGUGCCACUGCAUUAAAUGAAAGAAGCAGUCGUUCUCACAGUAUUCUCACUAUUCAUGUUCGUGGGACCGAUCAAAAGACGGGAACUGCACUGCGCGGGAGUCUUCAUUUGGUAGAUCUCGCAGGGAGUGAAAGAGUCGAUCGUUCAGAGGUCACAGGCGAUAGACUUCGGGAAGCCCAGCAUAUAAACAAAUCUCUAUCUGCCCUUGGGGAUGUCAUAUUCGCUCUCGCACAAAAGAGCUCUCACGUGCCGUACCGAAAUAGCAAGCUAACACAAGUCUUGCAAAGUUCUUUGGGUGGCCAAGCAAAAACACUUAUGUUUGUACAACUCAAUCCCGACACCACUUCGUAUUCUGAAAGUUUAAGCACGUUGAAGUUUGCGGAGAGGGUCUCAGGAGUCGAGCUUGGGGCCGCCAAGAGUAGCAAAGAAGGGAGGGAUGUUCGAGAGCUAAUGGAGCAGGUGGUAUCUCUGCGAGACACUAUAACAAAAAGAGAGGAGGAGAUUGAGCGAUUGCAGCUUCUGAAGGACCAUAAGAAUGUGAAUCAUGAGAACAGUGGCAUGGACUUGUCGAGUGAGUCGAACUUCGCAGAAGAUACUGAGGAUUACGAGGAGAGAACAAGCAAUGCAUCUGAUUCCUUGGAAGCUGAAAUAGAUGGUACCGCAGAGGACUCUGCAGAUAAUUUAGAGAGGCCUCAGUUGGUGUCCAAAGCGACUCGGCCAUCAGCAAGGCCGGGGCAGACCGCAUCGACUACAGGGUCUCCGAAGGUGUCAUCUGGUAAGAAACCUGCAGCAGCCGGGAGCUCUACAUUGCUAAAACCACCCAGACGAUGGCAAUAGGUUCUAACCUGGGACUGCGAACUCACAUUCUCGUCCAUAACUCGAUUCUUUUGUAUAUGUUACACAUUUUUGUUUCACUCAUAGGUCUCAAGUGAAAUUUAUUGUUAUUAAUUGUUUAUUCCCUUACCUUCCGAGCUGAGUAUUCCAGUGGAAGGCAAUUCUUUUGUAAAUGGGAGCCAAACCAGUUGAUUCAUUGCAAUUGAUACAUACUGUACAUGAUAAA